AUGUCCACAUUGAACCAUAUUUUUGAUCUCCAAGAACAGAUUUGCUAUGUGCAAUGUGGUUAUUGCACCACUAUUUUGUUGGUGAGUGUACCAUGUAGUAGCUUGUCCAUGGUGGUCACAGUCAGAUGUGGCCACUGCACCAGCCUCCUCUCGGUGAACAUGACGAGAGCCUCUUUUGUCCCUCUCCAUCUUCUUGCUCCUCUCAACCAAGAUGAGACAAUCCCAGAAGGUUGUUCUGAAGAAGUGGAUGCUCAAAAACUCUCAGACAAGCACAGCCCGUCGCUUAUGAUCUCCUCUGAUGAAGAUGAAGAAGAGGCUAUUGUACUCCCAGUGAAUCAUGCUGCUAAUAAACCCCCAGUGAAAAGACAACGAGCUCCAUCUGCUUACAACAACUUCAUUAAAGAAGAAAUUAGGAGGCUCAAGAUUAAAUAUCCCAACAUGACUCACAAGGAAGCCUUCAGUACAGCUGCAAAGAAUUGGGCGCUUUUCCCACCAAUUCAGAACAAAGAGGAAGAGAGCUGUGGCCAGGAAGAGAGAAAGAAGCCAAGGAGCUCAGAUGUUGAAGAUCGAGUGUAUGUGCAUUGGAAGAGAUGGUGCUCUUCGGACAUAGUCCGAAACUUUAACCGGAGGUCCAUGAACAAGGCAUUUACUGCAACUGGUCUUGGGAAUGUGGCUUUGUUACUGCAACUCGUAGAGGGCUAUCUCACUGAGUAA